CAAAAAAUUCGUGAAAAAUUAUUCCAGAAACGUUUUCGAAGGGACAAAAUAUGUUGAGAAUUACGAGGAUGAAGGGUGGUGACACAUCUAGAUGGGACACCCUGUACCUGAGAAAAACACCGAGGAAGCUCAAGAGACGAAUCAAUGACUUCCCGAUGACAAUUAUUUGAAAAAAAGCGAAAAAAUCAAAUAUCUAUUUUCCUGGCAAACAUGGUACAAAUUGUAAGUAUUUAUUUCGAAGUCACCCUAUGCACAGUUACACGUUUCGUACUCUAAGAGAGUUCGUCAUCAGCCGUAUGAUAUGAUGUUGAAUAAUUAUUUCUGGAAAAAAAUCAUUGUAACUAAUGGUGUUUUCUGAGGCUCGUUGGACUACGAGAGGCAAACCAUACACCAACUCAAAAUGUUGGCUUUGGAUAGAGCCAAAGAGGGCAGAGUGAAUACAGGAACAGCAGCUCUAUUUGUAAAAGUAGAAGACGUUGAGGACCAGCCCCCUGAAUUCGUCAAAGUAGCCUCUGUAGCUCGAAUAGAAGAAAACAGCCCGAUCGGGACAUCCUUACUACAAGGUGAAGUAUUUUGGAGAGCUUUUGUUCCAACGAAUUCCACAAUUUUGUAAAAGUAUAAAGUGUAAAAGUUCUGGGACACCCGGUAUGAACCACACGGUACAGAAGGCAAUUCUCGCAUCGCAAACAGGAGCAAUUUUGUAUUAUAGUCGUAGAAAAAGAGGCCUGUGGCAGUUCUAUGCAUUUGUAGAGAAUUGAUAUAGACCCCUAUUGUGAUUGAAAUCAUCAAGACUGUGAUUGACUAAUGUCUGGAUUCGAAACAAAAA